GUCAGCUGAAGCUGUCAAUCGAUGCCCAGGACCGGGUUCUGCUGCUCCACAUUAUAGAAGGCAAAGGCCUGAUGAGCAGAGAGCCUGGCAUCUGUGAUCCCUACGUGAAGAUUUCUUUGAUCCCUGAAGAUAAUCGACUGCGUCGCCAGAAGACGCAGACCGUCCCAGACUGCAGAGAGCCGGUCUUCCGUGAGCACUUCUUCUUUCUCAUCCAAGAGGAAGAUGAACAGAAGCGCCUUCUGGUCACUGUGUGGAAUAGGGCGGGUGACUCCAGACAGCGUGGACUCAUUGGCUGCAUGAGCUUUGGGGUGAAGUCCCUCCUGACUCCGGACAAGGAAAUCAGCGGCUGGUACUACCUUCUGGGGGAAGACCUGGGCCGGACCAAGCACCUGAAGGUGGCCAGGCGGCGGCUGCGGGCCCUGAGAGACCCGCUGCUGAGAACGCCAGGAGGUGGGGACACUGAGAAUGGGGAGGAAUUCAAGAUCACCAUCCCGAGGGGGAAGGAUGGCUUUGGCUUCACCAUCUGCUGUGACUCUCCGGUUCGAGUCCAGGCUGUGGAUUCUGGAGGUCCAGCCGAGCGGGCAGGGCUGCAGCAGCUGGACACGGUGCUGCAGCUGAAUGAGAGGCCCGUGGAGCACUGGAAAUGCGUGGAGCUGGCCCAUGAGAUCCGGAACUGCUCCAGUGAGAUCAUCCUGCUCGUGUGGCGCAUGGUCCCCCAGGUCAAGCCGGGGCCAGACGGCGGGGUCCUGCGACGGGCCUCCUGCAAGUCGACGCACGACCUCCAAUCCCCCCCCAAUAAGCGGGAGAAGAACUGCACCCAUGCGGCCCAGGCGCGGCCUGAACAGCGCCACAGCUGCCACUUGGUGUGCGACAGUUCCGACGGGCUGCUCCUCGGGGGCUGGGAGCGCUAUACAGAGGUGACCAAGCGCGGGGGCCAGCACACCCUGCCCGCGCUGUCCCGCGCCACCACCUCCACUGACCCCAACUACAUCAUCCUGGCCCCACUGAACCCUGGGAGCCAGCUGCUGCGGCCUGUGUACCAGGAGGAUGCCAUCCCCGAAGAAUCAGGUAGUCCCAGUAAAGGGAAGUCCUACGCAGGCCUGGGGAAGAAGUCCCGGCUGAUGAAGACAGUGCAGACCAUGAAGGGCCACGGCAACUACCAGAACUGCCCGGUCAUGAGGCCGCACACCCCUCACUCAAGCUAUGGCACCUACGUCACCCUGGCCCCCAAGGUCCUGGUGUUCCCGGUCUUUGUUCAGCCUUUAGAUCUCUGUAACCCUGCCCGGACUCUCCUGUUGUCUGAGGAGCUGCGGCUGUACGAGGGGAGGAACAAGGCUGUCGAGAAGGCAGAGUGCUUAUUCACUUUGGAAGCGCACUCGCAGGAGCAGAAGAAGAGGGUGUGCUGGUGCCUGUCGGAGAACAUCGCUAAGCAGCAACAGCUGAUGGCUUCGCCCCCGGAGAGCAAGAAACUCCACCCUUAUGGCUCUCUCCAGCAGGAGAUGGGGCCGGCCAACUCAACCAAUGCUACCCAGGAUAGAAGCUUUACCUCAUCAGGACAGACUCUGAUUGGCUGAGCAAUCCCAAGGGCGGGACUCUGCUUCUGGCAACUUAACCCUUUCUUGGGCAUCCCCUACCACACAGUAACCUCACCUCAACUGGACCCAAAACGGAGGACCAAGAUGGUGGGCCUAGGGUCAUCUGAAGGGAGUGGCCCCACGGGUGUGUGUGGACUGGCAUCAGAAGGACCACAGUGGUAUGAGAGGCCCUAUGGGCACGUCCCAAAUGGAGAAGACUCAGAUUUUUCCCUACAAGGAAGAAGGAGGAGAAAUAGCAUCUGGGCUUCCCGUGGUUCCAGGGCCCGCCUUGGGGGCAUAGGAGAGGUUGGCAGAGGUCAGCCAUGACGGAGAACAAUGUCAUCAGCCUCCGCUGCCAGAAGACAUCUCCACGCAAUCACUUCUUCAUCUAUUCUCAUUCAUUCAUUCCUUCAUCCAGCAGAUAUUUGGGGGGCAUCUACUUUAUGCCAGGCUCUAGGCUAGGAACUGGGGAUUCUGUGGAGAAUGACGUGGAUAUGGUCUCUGCUCUUUUUUUUUUUUUUUAAAGAUUUUAUUUAUUUGAGAGAAAGAAAGC